ACAUGUUGCUGGCGGGAAAAACAUGAAAACAAUCAGGAUUUGUCAUCGACAGAAUAAGCGUUAACGCAUCAUUAUAUGUACCUAACAAUGUCUAGUUAAGUGCCUAUGUUGCAUCUCUCUUCUUCUCCUCACCUCCUAUGUUUUAGUUAUCUUUCUGCGAGCAGUACGAUGGUUCAAAUAAUUAUAAAUUCAAGUGUGGAUGGGGCUGGUCCUGCUGAGUGGCUUCUGGUUGAACUCCAGGGGGAGAUGGUGUCCAGGCAGAACUCUGGACUGGCUGGGAACCUGAUGGGAGAUCUGCUCUACACCAAAGAGGGUGUGCCUGUGCUCAUCGUGGGACACCACAUCCUCUAUGGAAAGGUGGUCAAACUGGAGAAGCCCUUUGCUGUCCUGAUGAAACACUCCGGCCUCCCGCAGGGGGAUGAGGUUCCCAUGGAAACCAACCAUCAGAACCCCACCACCUACUCUGUCGCCGCCCUCAUCAAGAAGAAGCUCAUCUUCAAGACUCGCCCAAAGCCCAUAAUCACUAAUGUGCCCAAGAAAGUGUAGUAAAGUACUUGGUCMUAUGCAUUAGGGCUCACUGUCGCAAAACCCUUUUUACUGAAAAAUUUGACAAGUUCAGAUUGUUCCUCUCUUUCCUGUGGGAGGAAAGUACAUGCUGCACUCUUAAUGACUUCAAAUCCACAAGUAUGGAGCACACAGUGCAAGACUCUAUUUGGGACACACUCCUCUGGCUUGAGGUUAUGGACCACUGGAACUAGACUGUGUGCAUAUUUGUUUCYAUAUGUAAGUGGUUAUGCUCCUGGAAUUUGCUGUAUGCGGUGGUGUAUUAGUAAAAUCAAGAUAUUUCAAUAAUAUUUGCAUUUUUGUGACAGGAUUGAAUGUGUUGAUAUGCCAUUUGUACUGUGUUUAUUUUCAGAUGGGAAAGAAAUCAGUACAACAGUGGAAUGAGAAUGUUUUUAUUCAGAUACAAAAACAUACAGUUUUUCAACCGCUGUACAAGUGUAAAAAAUAAAUGUUCUGAUUGAAAUUGAAAUACAAAACCUUUUUCCAAAAACAUGUCUUUUAUACUGUAUUUAAAUAUGUUCAUAAUGGAAUACAUGGGUGGUUACAAUACUUUAURUCCAGCUAUUCUAUACCAAUAAAACUAUAUGUGUUAUGUUG